UGUUGUUGUUGGCUGGGAAAUAAACUAACAUUUAACGACCUGUACAAGACUUUUUUUUAUGGUAAAUAAUAAAUGUUGAUAAAUCAUUGAUAAAUUGUACUUGAAACCACUUUGUAUAGCUUCGAUUAAGGGUUUGACUGACUGCCUAAACCCGCUUUUUGUUGUUUAGUUUUAUGUAACCACUUGUUCGGCCCAGGUACGAACGACCUCAUCGUCUUCUGUUCUCUCAUUGGUUAAAACUUCAUUCUUCUGUUGGCAGUUUCUGCGCUCGGUUGCUGAAGAAGGCACGAUGUAAACAUCAGUAAAUUCAUGCAUGGAUUUUCAAUUAUGGUCAUUAUUUUCGCGAAAAUCUUCGCUCUGCUUUGUGUUUUGCUGCUUUAUGGGAUUUUGCCGUCAACUCAAGCAGAGAAACACUCGCUGUAUUACAUUUACACAGUCUUGUCUAAACCUGUGAAUCUGUCGGGCAUCUAUGAAUUCACUGCUGUGGGUCUGCUGGACGACACACAGAUCGACUAUUACAAUAGUGAAGAAAAGAGAAAGAUUCCCAAGCAACAGUGGAUGAAAGAAAAACUGCAGGAGGAUUACUGGGAAAGAGGCACUCAGUCCAGAAAGAGUAAAGAAGAGUGGUUUAAUGUGAGCGUCAAAAUUCUGAGGAACCGCAUGAAUCAAAGUGAAUCAGAUCUUCAUGUUCUUCAGUGGAGACAUGGUUGUGAAGUUGAGCAGCAGGGAGAUGAAGUGAAGUUUCUCAAAGGCAUUGAUGAGUACAGCUAUGAUGGAGAAAACUUCUUGUCUUUUGAUAUUAAAAAGUCUCGAUGGGUCGCUGCAGUUGAUGCAGCUCUACCAACCAAGAGAAAAUGGUAUUAUAAACCCGAACUAAAGCAAAUCUCCAAAGCAUACCUGGAGACAAAGUGUGUGGACUGGCUCAACAAAUUCAGAGAAUAUGGAGAUGAGGAGCUCAGAAAAACAUCUCCUCCAGAUGUUCAUUUGUUUGCAAAAAGGUAUAUCAAAUACAAAACCAAGCUGAAACUCACCUGCAUGGCAACUGGCUUCUACCACAAAGACCUGAUGAUGAACAUUACGAAAAAUCACAUAUCUCUGCCUGAACAUGAGAUUGAAUCCACAGGAAUCAGACCAAACCAUGAUGGAUCCUUCCAGAUGAGUAAGAGUGUGGAGAUCAAGGAGGGGGAUGAAAGAGCAGAUUAUUAUUGUUUGGUGUCCCACAAAUCCCUUAAAGAACCAAUUAUCAACAAAUGGGAUGGAAAAUGCUGGGACUGCCUGCCAGAGAUUCCCACUGGAGCAAUGAUUGGAUUUGUGAUUGGAGCUGAGCUUGUCCUGGCAGCUUUUUGUUUUUUGUUUUUCAAAUGGAUUAAUGGUCGAGAAAGCAUUGGUGAAAUAUCAGACGUCAAUGUGAGUAGCUCUCGGGAGGAUCUUUACCCACUGAUCCCUGUUCCAGAACAGCUUCUGAAAGUCCUGAAUGAACUGGACAGUGACAAUAAAAAGAGGUUCAAGUGGCAUUUGAAACAACGUGGGUCAGUUUCAGCCUCUUUCCUUGAGAAUGCAGAUAACAUGGCCGUAGUGGAUCAGAUGGUGAAUAGUUUUACACCAAACGGAGCUUUGAUGCUCACAGUGGACAUCCUGAAGAUGAUGAAACAAAACCAUCUGGCUGAACAGUUAAUUCAAUAUUUAAAUAGUGAUGUAAAUAUAAAGUUAAUAUAAUAUUUUAUAAAGUUUUUAUAUGAUAUAGUUGUAUACAUUUUUGUAUGACAGUGACAGAGAUUUUAUUGAACCCAAGCUUUUGUUAUGUGGACUCUUGUUUCGUGUUUUGUCCUGAUAUUCCCUAAUGAUUCUUAAGUUAUACUCUACUAUAAAUUAUUGCAUUAAGUUGUAUUCCAAGUACCCUGGGUGCAUGUGAAUUUAUCAGUUACUUUUAAAUUAUCUUUAGACCAUGUUGAGCUGGGUCCAACAAAUGAAAUGAACUUUACUGACAAAUUUCUGUCAAAUGAACAAAUAGAACUUAUAGUUGAUAUGGUUGAUUUGAUCUUACUUAUAAAACAAGCAUAGGCUUUGAAUGCUUUUAUGUGUGAAAUGGAUCAGCUUACAAACGAGGUUGAAGCUUUGAGCACAGAAGCUUCAGCACCAGUUGUAUCUGAAAUUGAUGUUUAACUGAUUUCCUGUUGAGCUUCUCAAAUGAGACCGAGAUGUAAUGUUAAUUAUAGCUAGAAAUGUUAAAUGGAAAAUAAAGCGAAGGUCUCAAGCUUUAGCAUUGAAAAUGUGUUGCAGUCUGCAAAAGGUGUUGCGAGGCAGGCUGCAACCAAACUUUGUAUUUUAUGCUUUGCAGCUUGAGCUUGCUGCAACAGAAAGGUGUGAGUUUCUAAUGGCUUUUUUUUUUCUAUGUAAGGAGAAGUCUCUCUGAUGAAAUAAAUGAUGUGAUUUCUGCAAGCUAUAUAUAUUGAAAAACUUGUAACAGAAGUUUGCCACACCUCAAGCGAAGACUUCCUCGCUGUUAUGUUUUAUUCUGAACUUUGUUAUUAAAAAGAAACAAAUAUAUUUGGCAAUUUUUA